UCGUAGAGGUUACUGCAGGACUUUGUCAAACUCUCACCAAGGUGUGAAAAUAGUAAUAAAAAAUUGUAAUCGUUGCAAACGAGUGGCAACCCCUGGCGCGAAACGACGUUGUACGAAACACGGCGAGGCAACGCGACCUGGUGUAUUUAUUUUAUUCGUGUCACGCACGGAUCUGUGUGUGUGCGAAUGCGUUGGCAGGGGAAACGCGCGCCGCGUUCGCGUAAGGGCACAAGGCGGGGCCUAGCACGAGAGGCUUCGUCUAGACGCAAAGUGGCCGGGGAAAGCAACGCUGGAAAGGAUAAACAAUAGGGUUUAACAAUAGGAUUAAACAAUAGGAUACAACAGUAGGGUUCGACAAUAGGAGCAGAGGUUGAGGCGCACCCACAGAGAGAGGGUGAGCUGAGGUCGACCCAGUAGCGACAGGAGGAGCAGCGAUAACAGAACGCAAGAGGCGAAGGAGCAGCAGCAAGGAGGGGGAGAGAGGCAGAGGGAGCAGCAGCAGCAACGGCAAGAGAAUGUCCGACUCGGAGGAUCUGAGCUCGGAGAAUGAUUCUGACUACGUGCCCUCGGCCGAGGAGUCGAGCGAUGACGACGGGGAUCAGGCCGGGCAUGACGAGGUGGAGGAGGAUGGAGACGACGAGGUGUCGGCGGCGGCGGCGAUGAAGAAGAAGGCUCCGUCGUUGAAAAAGCGGCGGGCGGCAUCCGCCAAGGGAUUACUGGGAGCCAGGAAGAGAACACGAAUUGGAGGCAUCCGUCUGUCGGGGGAUGAGGCUGAAGAGGAGUCUGGGGGUCAGGGGUCGCCUGGGCAGGAAGACGCAGAGGGCACCGCGGUCGCCACGGAGACACCGGCCGAUUCCGGCAAAUCUAAGAGCCGCGCCGACGACCUCUGGGCCAGUUUCCUUAGCGACGUGGGCCAGAAGCCAAAGGCCAAGGAGGGUGGCCAAGCGGAGGUCAACAAGACUGCCAGCCAAAGCUCGACGGCGGUGAAGACGGAGCCGCGGAAGGAGACGGAGAGGCCCAGGGAAGGAGCCAAGGUCUCCAUCACCAAGGUGUUUGACUUUGCAGGGGAGGAGGUCAGAGUCACGAAGGAGGUGGAUGCCGAGUCGAAGGAAGCACGCUCCUAUCUCAAGUCUCUGGAGGCGGAAAAGGAGGAGGGGAAGGAGGAUGAGAAGGGAGGUUCUGGGUCUGGCACCACCUCCACUGCUCCCUCACUUGCAGCGAAGCGGCCGGGCGGCGCGGCCGGCCUCAGCGCCGUGCUCGGCCAGAUCGGCGGCAAGAAGACGAAGAUGAGCACCCUGGAGAAGUCCAAGAUGGACUGGGACCAGUUCAAGGAGGGGGAGGGCAUCAGCGACGAGCUCGCCACACACAACCGCGGCAAGGCCGGGUACAUCGAGCGUCAGGCUUUCUUGGACCGAGUUGACCACCGCACGUUCGAGAUCGAGAAGAGCAUCCGCCUGACCAAGAGCAAGCGGUAGCGGGCAGCCGCCUCCUGUCAUCGGCGGCUCGGUGGGGCGGGGCAGCGGCACCGCCAUCGCCGCCACCAACGCGGAGCCCUCGCUCGGACGCGCGGUGCCACGACGCAAGCCUGGAAACAGCUGCUGGACGCAUUUAGAGGCUUGAGCGUGCGGGCCGCUGCGCCGCUGGUGGUGGUGGUGG